GCGGGGUAACUAACCUUCAUUAUCACCAUCGCAAAUCAUCAUCACAUAAACUCACAAACAGAAAAAUGGCGAACCUCUCCAGUAUUCACAUUCUUCUCUACUUCGUGUUCAUCACAAAUGUCAUUGCUGUUUCAGCCACCGUCAUCACUUUACAAAACAGUUGUCCUUACACCGUCUGGCCGGGAAUCCUCUCCGGCAACAGCAACACCCUCGGCGACGGCGGUUUUCCCCUCACCUCUGGCGCUUCCGUACAGCUAACCGCUCCUCCGGGAUGGUCAGGCCGGUUCUGGGCACGCACCGGCUGCAGCUUCGAUUCCUCCGGACACGGCAACUGCGUCACCGGAGACUGCGGCGGCGUUCUCAAAUGCAUCGGCGGCGGAGUUCCACCGACCACUCUCGCCGAGUUCACCGUCGGAUCAGGCGCCUACGGCAAGGAUUUCUACGACGUGAGUCUCGUCGACGGUUACAACGUCGAGAUGGGGAUCAAACCCCAUGGAGGCUCCGGUGACUGCACAUACGCAGGCUGCGUCGCCGACGUCAACAGUGUCUGCCCUAGCGUGCUUCAGAUCAUGGAUCCGCGUACGGGAAUCGUCGCUGCGUGUAAGAGCGCUUGCGCGGCGUUUAAUGCGCCGGAGUUCUGUUGCACAGGCGCUCACGCGACGCCGCAAACUUGUUCUCCGACUCAUUUCUCGGCCGUGUUUAAGAACGCUUGCCCUAGCGCUUACAGUUACGCCUAUGACGAUGCGACGAGUACUUUCACUUGUUCUGGGGCUAACUACGUGAUCACUUUCUGUCCCACCCGGUCUUAAGAAUCAGAGCUCCGGUUUGGAAUCGGGUAGGGUUUGUCUUUCACGUUUGUUUGCUUGCUAUGCACGGAAAGAUUAUGACGUUUUAUCAUCUUCUUCUAUUUAAAAAAAAAAAGAUUUUUCUAACCGUAUGUAGUUGUUACACAUCUCAUUUGCAUUGUUGAUUUCA